AUUCAAAACAAGAUGGAUUUGAUAUCUGCUCUGCAGUUUCUGAAGUUAAAUCAAAUUCCGGAAGAAUGGGUGAACGCAAUGUGGGACUUAGAGUUCACAGAGAGAGAACAACUGGAGGACAGCAUAGAGGAUGAGCUCACAGUCAGUGGAGACAAGUCCUUUAAGACCCUGUACCAGUGUUUACUGGUCCAUGCUGCUGACCAACAACAACAGUCUGCAGAUGUAGAUGGAGCCUCACAGAGUAUUUGGGCGAUCCUGGGCGAGAACCAGGUGUCCAUCAAGUCUCUGGUGGCUGUGCUGUCCUUCUUUGUCCUGAGAGGAAAAGCUAAAACAGCCAACAUCCAGCAGAGGGUGAGCAGUCUGCACGCCGCCUCCAUCUACCUGCUGCUGCUGGGAAUACCAGGGAGCAUCGCCAACAAAGUUUUCCAUGAGGUUUUGUUGGACACGUGUUCAGAGCUAACCUCUCACUGCUGGCCCCAGGACUCCGGGAAGAAGCGCAAGAAGGACGGCCUGAAGAGCUCUCAGGCAGAGGGCAAACGCUCCAAACCUCAACGGAAAGACAAUGCAGAGAUGGAUGUGGAUGAGGCAGAUGAAGAGGAAGACGAAGAAGAGCUUUCUUUCUCUGGUCAGGACCUGAUGAAGAUCAGAGAGGCUGUAGUUCAGCUGGUUCAAAGCCUCCUCAGACUCCUGCAGACGUUUCCACUCAAAGACAGGCCUCAGAGCGCCGGCAGCCUCACACAGAUAUUCAGCAGGUUGCUAUACUUUGAGCCGGUGGUUGGAGGGUCACAAUUUUCGGCUCAUCAAGAUAUCAACAAGCUGAGGAGUGUUCCCGAGAUGGCUUUCUACGGCCUGCAGCUGCUCUGCUCGCCGAAACACGGAGAACAGAAGGAAUCUCUGCGCAGGCUUUUCCAUCAACUCCUCUACGUCAUCCUGAUGAUGAACAAAGGCAACAGAGGGAAGCCCACCCCCCUUGUACCCAGCCUGGCCGUCCUCUCCACCCGCGACCAGGCCGUCCACUUUAUUUGUCAUCUUGUGGAGGAGCUGAAAGAGCUGGCACUGCCUUUCCUGCAAAUCCUCCUGCAGCACAUCUGCUUCCAGAUGGUGGAGAAGAGUGAGAUUAGGAACCAUGGAGCCCAGGCUGUGGGCAUGUUGGCCUCACAGAUGACAGGUGCAGACUACGCCCGCUUCAUCAAGUGGCUGUUCUACUUCUCCAGAAAAGCAAAGAUGGCGAGUCGGCUGUUUUCCGUGGACGUGGUGAUGGUUUUGCUGGAGCAGCCAGAGAGGAAGCCGGAGGAGUGUCAGGACCCGGAGCUCCAUUGCUUCCUGCCUCACAGGUUCCUGAUCCAGAGUCUGCUUUUCGCGCGGCGGUCCGACGACUCCCCAACGGUUCAAGGACACACCCUCGCCUGCCUCGCCCAGUGUCUGGAGCUGCCUUCCCCAAAUGUCACCCGGGCCGUCCACAACCUCUUCUCUGCCACUGGAGCCCAGACAGUGCUGGAAGGGGAUAUCACAGAAGGAAGUUCCCAGCAGACUCAGAAGACGUUCCGCACUCUGCCGUUCAGGACUGUGGAGAUCAGCAGCAAUGAACACUCCGACUGUGAGGCAAGAGAGAACCUCGCUCUUCUCCUGCGGCGCGUGAAAGACUCAAAGGUUAACGUGAGGAAGUCGGCACUGCAGGCCCUGGUGGGUCUCCUGAAAUACAACGUGGUCCCCAUGAGCUGGGAGAACCUGGAGAAGCUGUCGGUGUGCUGCAGAGACCCGGCUGUGUCCGUGAAGAAGAAAGCCCUGCAGUGUGUGGGAGAGGUGCUCACUGCGAGACCAGAGUGCAGUGUGGUGCAGAAGGCGUGGCUGCAGGGUGUGCUGCCGGCUGUGAUGGACCCAGAGAGCUCGGUGCAGGAGAGGGCCCUGGAGGUUCUGGAUCAGGUGGUGCUCAGCACAAUCAAACCAUACUCUGCCAGCCGACACCUGGAUGCCGGUCAGAGGCUGACCUGGGACUUGCUGGCCCUGCUCUGUCAUGAGUGCAAGAACCUCAGCCGAUAUUUGAACAGGGCCUUCGCCAUCUGGUCCCAACAGAACAAGUUCACACAGACCUUCAUCACCAACCUGAUCUCACACACUGAGGCGCAUCACGCCUCCGGGGCCUGGCUGCUGCUCUCCAAGGUCGCCGCUUCAGCCUCCAGACUGCCCUAUGAGAAGAUCCUGGACGCCUGGGACACCAUGAUCAGUUCAAAUGAUGUUCCUGUGACAACCAGCUGUCACAUCUUGUGUGUGGUGGGAGACAUCGCCACACAUCUAAACCCAGAUACCAGAGACAGGAUAAUUGGGGACCUCAUGACUUGGCUGAAAAUGUUCUCUUUGCCUCUGGAGGUGAUCUGUGCCGCUGUGGAGACUCUCUAUCAGUUCGGCCGUAGUGAAGAUAUCAAACAGACUCAGGCUUUUCUGAACCAGCACUGUGGCGAGCUGGUGUCGGUCUGCGAGGCUUAUUUGGCCCCCAUCAUUCUGAGUGAAAAGGGGGCCCAAAACCUGAACGAGGAGCUGAUGGUCAAACACCUCCACACUCUGGGCGUGGCGUCACUGCACUGUCCUGCCAAGGUUAGCAAGAGGACGGUGCUGCUGGUAGAGUCUGUCCUCGCAACACAUUCUGAAAAACUGGCAGGGUGUCAGGAGGAGCUGCCAGCGUCUCUGCCUCUGUCCCAGUUCAAAGCAAACUCAAUGCCGACCAAAGUCAGAGCGCACGGAGUCAUCACUUUAGGUAAGCUGUGUCUGCAGCACGACGAUCUCAUCCACAAGUACCUGCCGGUGUUUGCCCGGGAGAUGGAGGAAGGCAAGGAGGUUGCCGUGCGAAACAACGUUGUUGUGAUCAUGUGCGAUCUGUGUGUUCGAUACACCAACAUGGUGGAUCACUACAUCCCCAACAUCUCCGCCUGUCUACAAGACAACGAAGCCAUCAUCAGGGAGCAGACGCUCAUCAUGCUGACCAACCUACUGCAGGAGGAGUUUGUGAAAUGGAAGGGCUCCCUCUUCUUUCGCUUCAUGGUGGCUCUGGUUGACCCAGUCCCUGCUGUCGCCAGUCUGUGCGAAUACUGCCUGCUCCACCUGCUGCUGAAGAAGAACCCAGAGAUGUUCAGCCAGCACUUUAUCGAGUGCAUCUUCCACUUCAACUCCUAUGACAAUCACAAGUCCUACAACAAGUUCCCUCAGAGUGAGAGAGAAAGGGUUCGAUUCUCCCUGAAAGGAGCUCGGAACCGCGAGAAGCGUUUCCGGAUCUACCGCUUUCUGUUGGAGCACUUCACAGACGCCCAGCGCUUCAACGUCACCAUGAAGAUCAACCAGACCGUCUUAGCAUGCUUUGCAGACGAAGAGCUGCCUUUGGAUGCAGAUGGUGGGGAAGUUUUAUCAGAGACCUUCAAAAUCUUGAGUCUGAAGGAGAUGAAGCUGCAGGCCAUAUCUAGCCCAGCAGGAGGCGCUGCAGUGGAGGAGGAGAACAUGGCCACCAUGGCUCAGGCCGUCAUGCAGGCCACACAGAAGAAGGUGGUGUCUCAGGUCCAGAAGAAGGCCUUCAUAGAGAACACAGUUCCUCUCAUCAUCAGCCUGAAGACCCUGUUGGAGCAGAAACGCUCUCCUAUCCUCAGAGACCUCAUGUCCUACCUUCAGGCGACGAUGCAGGACUACCGUAAUGAGGUGAAGGAGUUUUUCUCCGGAGACGAGCAGCUGGCGGCGGAGCUGGAGUUUGCUCUGAAAACAGCCGAGAAGGAGAAAGAGAUGGAGGAACAGAUGGAUCAGUGCAGCCUGACCGGAGACACCCGGAUUCCCACCGCAGAGCGUUCAGUCGAGGCCUCUCCAGCCAGGUCCCGGGUCCUCCUCCCAUUUACCUUUGCUACACCGCAGCCUCCGCGUCCAAACGCUCUGGCUGCCAGACUGACACACACUGACAGGCGUGUACGCAGACUGAGGUCAUUGCCUCUGGAAGUUACAGUGAUACCACAAGGAAAUGUGAACAACAGAGCCAUCAGCACACCAAAAGGCUGCAAGAUUGAUUUGACUUUUGACGAAGGAGUCAGCGCAAUCUUUAGUGACCCCAGAACAAGUGUUGUCAGGGAAUCCAGUGUGCUUCACGUGCGGUCCAAUGAGCAGCAAGCUCCUGGACUCAGACAGUGGAACGUGCAGUCUCCUCUGCGCCAGAAGAAAAAAGGGUCAGAAGUUUAGUGGACAUAAAUCUUAAUUUCUUUAAAAAGAAGUGACUGCUUUUCUAUUUCUGCACAUCUUCGUCACCAUCUAUGUGAUGCUGUUUGAUAUUCUCUCAUCUUCACUGUUUGUUUGUGUAACUGUUUGUCUUUUAUGUAUUUGGUAAUAAAAGUGAUCUUGACUACAGAA